AUGAUGAAGAUGAAAAAUAAUUAUAGUAGUAAUAAUCAUAACACAAAUGGUCUUUCUUCAAUCAUGAAUCGAGGUUCAGAUGGUGGUAGAGUUGAUUCUAGUUCAAAGGAAUGGGAGAUGAGGCCUGGUGGAAUGCUGGUCCAGAUGAGAACCUCUGAAUCGGAUCGGAACUCAGUGUUUGUUCCCACCAUUAGAGUUAGGGUCAAGUAUGGUUCAAUUUACCAUGAAGUCAACAUAAGUUCCCAAGCUACAUUCGGGGAGUUAAAGAAAAUGCUAUCGGGGCUAACUGGGUUACACCAUCAAGACCAAAAGCUGUUCUACAAAGACAAGGAGAGGGACUCAAAGGUUUUUCUUGACAUGGUUGGGGUCAAGGAUAAAUCCAAGAUAGUGCUUGUGGAAGACCCUAUUAGUCAAGAGAAGAGGUUGUUGGAGACAAGGAAGAACGCUAAGAUGGAGAAAGUUGCGAAAUCGAUCUCUGAAAUCAGCUUGGAAGUAGAUAGGCUGGCAGGGAGGGUAUCAGCCUUUGAGUCAAUUAUUAACAAAGGUGGAAGAGUUGCGGAAACAGAUGUGCCUAAUCUUAUUGAGUUAUUGAUGAAUCAAUUGCUUAAAUUAGAUGGCAUAAUGGCUGAAGGGGAUGUGAAAUUACAGAGGAAAAUACAGGUAAAAAGAGUUCAAAAGUAUGUUGAAACUCUGGAUUUGUUGAAGGUUAAGAAUUCCAUGCCUAGUAGCAAUGGAGACCAUGCUCCAGUGAAGCCUCAACAGAAGCAUUCAAACGGGCAAAGGCUGGGACCAGUUUUGGAGCAACAACAAAAGCAUUCAAAUGGACAUAAUAGGUUAGUCUUAGCACCAAUUCAGGAGCAGCAGCAAGAACAACCGAGGAAUUCAAAUGAAAAUUUUCUAGAACUAUACCAUGAACAACAGCAUCAACCCUUAAGGAAUUCCACCUCAGGAGUUGUAGUUACAACAAAUUGGGAAUUGUUUGAGUUUGCCCCACCAUUAAUCCCUGUUCCAUCCACAUCACCUCCCCCACCGCCCCCAGUGACCAAUAGUUCAGGUCCUCCCAAGUUCAAUUGGGAAUUCUUCAACUAA